UUCUGCAAUCAUAUAUUCUCAUUUUCUCCUCCAUUUAAUUAUCUCCACUUUCUUCACUAGCUUUUCUCCAACUCCUCCUCCAAUUGCAGAAAUCACUCUCGAUCACUUCGCCGGUUUCCGGCGACAUGCUACAACGCUCGCCUUCGCCUUUGCAGUAUAUGAACGGCUCAACAUAUCUUGAAUUCAGAUUGCGAUUACGGUACCUUUCUGCCCUGAUUCGCAUCCCAGAUCCGUUUUCUUUUGAUUUAUGAAAAACCAUGUGAAGUGAUUGUAACCGAUGAAAAUCUAGGAUUGCUGUUGCUUUCAUGAUCGGCUUUCACUUGUAACCAUCGUUCGUUUUGUUGCUCAUUCAUGAUUUGAUCCAUAUAUCUCCGUAGUUCACAGUUUUGGGGUUAGGGGUUACUAAUUGAGAUGUUCAACAAAAUUAUAAAGCGCGGCCAUCGGAAGCCGUCCAAGGCCGAUGCGAUAGAUUCGGGAUUGUAUGGAUAUGGACCGGCUGGGAAUCGCAAUUCUGGGAUGGUAUCGACGUCGAAUGUGGUUGUAAACCAUGCGUCUCGGACUGCCCCAGCUCUAUCAGUGGUCAAUUCGGCGCCACAGCCCGGUGGGGCUGUGAUUGAUCCAACGGCUCUGCCUUCCGGCAAUAUUGAUCCCCUUCCUCCGUUUCGGGAUGUUGCUGUGUCGGAUCGACAACUUUUGUUUCUUAGGAAACUACAAAUUUGCUGUUUCCAGUUUGAUUUCACGGACACUUUGAAAUCAGUACGGGAAAAGGAAAUUAAGAGGCAGACCCUAUUGGAGCUUAUUGACUUUAUACAAUCCGGUUCGGGGAAAAUUACAGAGAACAAUCAAGAAGAGAUGAUUAAGAUGAUUUCUGUAAAUAUUUUCCGAUGUUUUCCUCCAGCUCCCCAUGAAAAUUCCGGCUCAGAAAUGCUGGAGAUAGAAGAGGAGCCCUAUGCGGAACCAGCGUGGCCUCAUCUUCAUCUUGUGUAUGAGCUACUUUUAAGGUAUGUUGUUUCAUCGGACACCGACACGAAGAUUGCCAAGCGGUAUAUUGAUCAUUCAUUUGUUCUAAAACUGCUUGAUUUGUUUGAUGCUGAUGACCCACGAGAGCGGGAGUAUUUGAAAACCAUAUUACAUCGCAUAUAUGGGAAGUUCAUGGUGCACCGGCCCUUUAUUAGAAAGGCCAUUAAUAAUAUAUUUUAUCGGUUUAUAUAUGAGACAGAACGGCACAGUGGUAUUGGUGAGCUUCUGGAGAUUCUUGGGAGUAUAAUAAAUGGGUUUGCGUUGCCCAUGAAAGAGGAGCAUAAGUUGUUCCUUGUUCGGGCUCUUAUACCAUUGCAUAAACCUAAGGCACUUGCACUGUAUCAUCAGCAGCUGUCUUACUGCAUCACUCAAUUUGUUGAGAAAGAUUACAAGUUAGCAGAUACGGUAAUUAGGGGUUUGCUAAAAUAUUGGCCUAUCACUAAUUGUACGAAGGAACUUCUUUUCCUUGGGGAAUUAGAAGAAGUGUUGGAGGCAACACAGUCUGCUGAAUUUCAACGCUGCAUGGUUCCUCUUUUCAGACAGAUAGGCCGCUGCCUGAAUAGCUCUCAUUCUCAGGAGAAUAACUGCCUAUGAAAAGCAAAUGGUUUUUAGGAGGAUAAUGCCCUUUGCCGUGUGUGGUAGAAAGAAGAAAAGAGUGAUAAAUACCAGUCCAUUUUGGUCCCCCUUCUCCAUCAACAAAAGGGUGCAUUGAUUGGUUAAGGUUCAUUUUAGAUGCAUAAUCUUUGUUCUAAUCUUUUAUUUAUGAUAUUGUCAUUUCAAUGUUUGUGUCAAUGAUGUUAACUUCAAUUAUGAAUCAUAUGCCUAUCAAGAGAAAAAACUUUGAUUAUAAAACAUCAAACUUUCAUAUUUUAUCUGUUCUCGCAGAGUGGAAACCUUGUAUUAUUUAAUCGUGUCUGCUUGUAGCUGUGGUUUCUUCUUUGGCUUAAAUGUGUAUGCAGCCUUUUUUGGUCAUUAUUUCGUCCCAUAUUCUAGUUUAAUCUAGAGGGAUUCAGAAUGAGCCUUAAAAUUCAAUAAAUAUUGGUUAUGAGACUUGCAGUCAACCAUUGAAAGACCUUAUCCUGCUUGUGUGGAGACUAUAAAUCACAAACAUGUUGGUAUCUUACAGUCACUAAAGUGUCCAAGCAACCUGAUGGGCUGAGGGGGAAUACAUAUACUCCCUGUGUAUAUAUAUGUAUCUCCCUCCCCCACUUGGCUAAGCCUUUUGGUGGUCAGUGUAUACUUCCUGUAUAUUUUGGGAUGCAACCUGAUGGGCUGAGGGAAUAUUAUAACUCCCUGUGUAUGUAUAUGUAUCUCCCUCCCCCACUUGGCUUAGCCUUUUGGCAGCCAGUGUAUACUUCCUGCAUACUUUGGGAUGCUGUUUGGGCGUUUCCUUUUAAUAUAUACUCCCUGUUUUACC